CUGCUGCCGUGGGGCGGGGGACGCGGUGCCCCACGGGGAUCGCGCCAGGAGGGUUGGAUCGGUGCCGGGGGUGUGGCGUGGCGGGGGCUGUCCCACGGCCCCGCGUGGGCAGGGCGCAGGCAGCGGGGCCACGGCCGGGAUCGGCGCAGGUCCUGGUCAUGGAUGGGCAGGACCCAGCCCCGGGCUGCGAGCGUGAGAAAAAGGGGCAACCAGCUUUCACCUGGGAAGUGCGGGCCAACGACAGAGCCCACCCCGCGCAGCUCGGGAGGAGAUUCGCCUUCUGCUGGAGCAAGAAGCAGCGCGCGGGCAAUGCCAUUCGGACGGCCAAGUACAACGUCCUGACCUUCCUCCCGCUGAACCUCUACGAGCAGUUCCACCGCGCGGCCAACGUCUACUUCGUCUUCGUCAUCCUCCUGCAGACCUUUCCUGAGAUCUCCACGCUGCCCUGGUACACUCUGCUCUUCCCCCUUAGCUGCCUUCUCACCAUCCACGCCCUACGGGACCUGAUCGAUGACAUCGGCCGACACCAAAGUGACAGAAACAUCAACAGCAGACCAUGCGAAAUCCUGUCUGGGAAGAGCUUCUGCUGGCAGAAAUGGCGCGAUGUCUGCGUUGGGGACAUCGUCCGCCUGCGCAAGGACAGCCUCGUCCCGGCCGACAUGCUCCUCCUGUGCAGCUCAGAGCCCAGCAGCCUCUGCUACGUGGAGACCUCCGACAUCGAUGGGGAAACAAACCUAAAGUUCAGACAAGCCCUCCUGGUCACCCACCAGGAGCUGACGAGUGAGGAGAGCUUGGCUGCCUUCAAUGGGCGUGUGACCUGCGAGGAGCCCAACAGCCGCAUGCACAGCUUCACCGGCGUGCUGCAGUGGAGAGGCGAGACGUACGCGCUCGAUGGUGAAAGGAUCCUGCUGCGGGGCUGCAAACUCCGCAACACCGACACGUGCUACGGCUUGGUUAUCUAUGCAGGAUUUGAUUCCAAAAUUAUGAGGAACUGUGGAAAGAUCAAGCGGAAGAAAACCAAGCUGGACCGCAUGAUGGACCGCCUGGUGGUCAUAAUCUUCGUGGUGCUGCUGGUCACAUCACUGUGCCUCGCCAUUGCCUCAGGGUUCUGGGCCAAGAUGUUCCAGGAGAAGCACAGCUACCUCGCUGCUCUCUACAAGCACACGACUCCUGCCAAGCAGGCCUUCUUCAGCUUCUGGGGCUUCACCAUCCUCCUGAGCGUCAUCAUACCCAUGUCCAUGUACAUCACGUUUGAAUUCAUCUACCUGGUGAACAGCUUCUUUAUCAACUGGGAUUUGGAAAUGUAUUACGCUGUCAAGGACAUCCCAGCGAAAGCCAGGAACACCAGCCUCAACGACCAGCUUGGCCAGGUCGAGUACAUCUUCUCAGACAAGACGGGCACCUUGACACAGAACAUCAUGAGCUUCAAGAAAUGCUGUGUCAACGGGACCAUCUAUGGUUUGGGCAUGGGCCAUGAGAACAAACAGCUGCCGGGGUCGGGGUUGACCAGGAUUUGCCAUGGGGAGAAGACGUCGGACACCAACAAUGUGGGGCUCCUGGAAGCGGCCCAUCGGGACAGCGACCCGGUGCUGCGGGAGUUCCUGCGGCUGUUGGCCCUCUGCCACACCGUCAUGGUGGAAGAGAGGGGCGACCAACUGGUUUAUCAGGCGGCUUCUCCAGAUGAGGAAGCUCUGGUGCUGGCAGCCAGGAGCUUGGGGUAUGUCUUCCUGUCCCGAACGCAAGACACCAUCACCAUCAGCGAGCUGGGGGUGAAGAGGACGUACCAAGUGCUGGCCAUGCUGGACUUCAACAGCGAUCGCAAGAGGAUGUCGGUGCUGGUGCGGGACCCACAGGGCACGAUCCGGCUCUACACCAAAGGGGCUGACACUGUGAUCCUGGAGAGGCUGCGGGGCCGGGGACCCAACCAGGACUUCACCGAGAAGGCUCUGGAUCGCUUUGCGGAGGAGACCCUGAGGACGUUAUGCCUGGCCAGCAAGGAGCUGAGCGAGGCAGAGUACGAGGAGUGGGGCAGGAGGCACCGCGCUGCCAACGUCCUGCUGCAGGGCCGAGCACGCGAGCUGGACAGGCUGCACGAGGAGAUGGAGCAGGACCUGGAGCUGCUUGGGGUCACGGCCAUUGAGGACAAGUUGCAAGAAGGGGUCCCCGAGACCAUCCAGCUGCUGCAACUGGGCAACAUCAAAGUGUGGGUGCUGACGGGAGACAAACAAGAAACCGCGAUGAAUGUCGGCUACGCGUGCAAGCUGCUCACGGAUGACAUGGAGAUCCUGCAGGAGAGGGAAGUGAGCAAGAUCCUCGAGGCUUACUGGGUGAGAAACAACAACAUCAGUGGCAGUGACUGUGUCUCGCAGCAGCACCCAGAGCCUUUGUGCCACAAGAAGAGAGCUCUCGUCAUCAGCGGGGACUUCCUGGACACGAUCCUCCAGACAGGAGAGGUGCUGCAGAAGAAGGGGCAGCUCUGGCAGCAGCUGGCUUGCCAUGGGGCCAUGGACCCACAGGAGCAGGGCAGUCUGGUGGAGAAGGCCUUUGUGGACCUGGCCGCCAGCUGCCAGGCCGUCAUCUGCUGCAGGGUCACCCCCAAGCAGAAAGCUCUCAUCGUGCAGCUGGUGAAGAAGCACAAGGAAGCCACCACGCUGGCCAUUGGGGAUGGGGCCAACGAUGUCAACAUGAUCAAAACUGCCGACAUCGGGGUGGGCAUCAGUGGGAUGGAGGGGGUCCAAGCCGUGCAGUGCAGCGACUACGCCCUGGCGCGGUUCUGCUACCUGCAGCGCCUGCUGCUCGUCCACGGCCGCUGGGGUUACCUCCGCAUUUGCAAGUUCCUCCGCUACUUCUUCUACAAGACUUUCGCCGGCCUCAUGACCCAGGUCUGGUUCGCUUUCCACAGCGGGUUCACGGCCCAGCCUCUCUACGAAGGCUGGUUCCUUGCUCUCUACAAUGUUUUCUACACCGCCUACCCCGUGCUUUCCGUGGGUCUUCUGGAACAGGACGUGAGCGCCAAGAAGAGCCUGCAGUUCCCCGAGCUCUACACCAUUGGGCAGCAGGACAAGCUCUUCAAUUAUCGCAUUUUCAGCGUGACGCUCCUGCACGGUGUCAGCACAUCGCUCGCCAGCUUCUACAUCGCGCUCUGGGCCUUCGAGGACCGCGUCGGCAGCAGGACCGUGGGGGACUACGAGUCCUUCUCCGUCACGGUGGCCACCUCGGCUUUGCUGUCAGUCCUUGUGGAGAUCACCCUGGACACUAAGUUCUGGACGGCGCUGUCCUUUCUGAUGGUCUCAGCCAGCCUGCUGCUCUUCUGCCUUUUCUCCUUCCUGACCCAGAGCAUCGAUGCCUUCAGGAUUGCCCCCACCAUCUUCCGCUUUCCAGAUGCCACCCAGAACGCCCUGACCGACCCCUACAUCCUGCUGGUGGUCCUGCUGUCCUUGGUGGUGAACACCGUCCCCUCGCUCGCCGUCCGCUCGUACCACGCCAUCACGGGCAACACCAGCAUCCAGCAGAAGAUCUGCUGGAAGGCCAGGCAGGAGCCGGAGCCCUCGGUGGAGCUGCGCACCCACGUCCCCUGCGGUUCCUUUCACCGCCGUUCCAGCUACGCCUUCUCCCACCAGGAGGGCUACGCCGGCCUCAUCACCCGCGGGGAGAGCCUGCGCACCAAGGGCACCCACACCACCAGGAACACCCACACCACCAGGAACACCCAUGCCACCAAGGGCACCCAUGCCACCAAUGACACCUGUGCCACCACAACUCUCCAUCCCCAAGGGACAACCCCAGCUUGGCCCUCCCACCACAGCUGACCCGGCCACGUCCUCCUGGGGUCGAAGGGGUUUCCUCCUCUUGGAGGCAUCUGAAUCCAGGGUGGAUGGUUUUGCUUUGCAAUCUCCGCUCAGCGGUCCCCAAACCCGUGGCAGUGCUGUGCACUUUGUGCCAUGCCCCCAUCCCUGCCACCUCCCACUCCCCCGUGCUGGGGUGGCCGUGCACAGCCCAUGGGAUGCUGCAGAGCCAAAGCCUGGGGACAGCAGGAGAGCCAUGCAAACAACCACUCGGUGACGGGAUCACCCUGGUUUCUUAUCCUCAUUUUUGUAAUUAAAAGCCCCCGUGCCAGCGCGGGACACACAUACACAGGGGUGAAUGACUAGAAAAUAAUUUAUUGAAGAAACAGAAAGCUGCAGAAAUACAACACAGUCAUGACCAGUAGAGGAUGAACAAAUAGAGAUUUUUUUUUUUCUCUUUUAAAACCUGUUGACAGGCUGGAGUUCGGUUUCCUGGUAAUUUCCCCUGCGUGAGUCAUUGCAAAGAACAAGGAACAAACUCCAGAGCACACAGCACAGUUUGGAUAAAGUGCCUGACACAUAAGACUCUUUUUUUUUUUUUUUUAAUUAUUAUCUUUUUUCUCUUUUUAGCAUUUGUAAAUAGCUUAAACAAAUAUAAUUGCAAGACACAGAGGAGUAACAAUUGCAUUUCGCUGUAGAGUAAAACCUAUCCCAUGAGAUUAACAAUGAAGCAGCAGCAAAAUAAUAAUAAUAAUAAUAAUAAUAAUAAAUAAAAAAUCCAAUUUAGUCAGUAAGGAAAAAGGCAUUGAAAAACAGAGGGGUGCAGGCCCCGGAGCAGGAUGGGAGCGAGCGGUGCCUAUUGCUAUGCAGAAAAACGAGUGAUGCUGCAGUGGGGGGGGUGGACAGGUAAACCCGGUGCUGCGGGCUCCUCCUGGGCAGGAGGAAUUCUGCCUGACUUCUUGUUCUCCUUUAGAAAUGCAUGGGGGAGAAAAAAAGGGAAAGAAAAACAAACAAACGAACAAAAAACAGAUUUGUUUCUCUUUGCAUUUUUAAUUUCCUUUCUUUAAAAAACCCUGAACGAAGAAAUAAUACAAAAGGAACUGAAGCAUCCGUACGCCCAGCCCCAGCCCCGGCUCCAGUGCCUCUUCUGCUCUGAGAUGAGGGAAAAGGAGCAAAUGUCCCCAUUGCCCCCUCGAGCUGACUCCCGUGGGUGACCCCAUGGGUUUUGGCUCUGGUCAGAAGGGAGAUGUUGUGUAAAGGACCUUGUCCUGAAGCUCCCAGGCUUGGCACCAGGAAGUGCAAUCUCCGGGCCCAGUGCUUGUGUCCCAUCACUGGAGACGUCCAUAGAACUGGGGUAGCUCAGCUCCUGGCUGGGUUAUCAUGGGACAUCAACUCCUGAAGCUCAGCUUUGAGGUUCAUGAGCCCUCUGCUCCUCCUCUCCCAGUGGGGAUGGAGACAUUGCUGCCUCACUCAAAUUUUUUUUUACCUAAAGUGAGAACCAGCCUGAGGCUUCACAAGUAACGGGAUGACCCAAAUCCCUGCAAACCUCCACAAUGGAAAGAGGGCACAAUGACCAGGCUGAACUGUGGGACUCGGUGGGGCUGGAGGUCCAAGGCAUCCUCCUCUUCUUCGUCCUUCAUCAGCAUGGAGCCCUGCGCUCUUUGAAACCUGGUGGCCCCCACCAGGCAGGAGCUGCUCUUGUUGCUCUUGAGGCGCCCAUUUGGGCUCCAGUUCUGCUCCUGCUCCCCACAGCACAAAAAUGCUCUUCUAGGGCAACCCUGGUUGAGAGAAUUGUCUUUAGGACAGAGCUCGGAUUGUCAUUACCUGCAGGAAAAAAAAAAUCUUUGGUAUCAUUGCAAGUUGCUCCUCAAGGCAUUUUGGUAGGUGUGGGCAGCAGGCGAGGCCAGAUCCAGCACAGGGCAAAGCCCCUUUGGUUCGGUGGGUGCUGGUGGGUGAAGAACAAGGGCAGCACUUGGUGCUCAGCUCGUCUGGGAUGUCUCAAACCAUUGGGUUCUGUUCUUGAGGUGGGAUCCAGCUGGGCUCUGUAGGGUCCUAGGACUGGUGGCUGUGGGUUGGGUCUAAGCUUGGUGACACCUUCGUGUGGUUGGAAGCGAGGACUGAGCAUCCAAAGAGCAACACUGGGGUGGACCUCCAAACAGCAACACUUCCCUGCUGGGAAAGGUCUUGCAGGAAUUUCUGAGACUCAAGGGGACACAGAGCUCCCCAGAGGACACCAGGAGGGUUGUUUAGAUGGAGAACCAUGAGGAAGAUGAAGGCUGCAGGAUGCUGCAUUGAAGAAGAUGCAGGUAUGAACGCUAUCAUGCUUUUGGGGACCGUGUUGGUGGGGUGCAAAGAAGCUGAGAUCUUGUUCCUUGCAGUCGUUUGAGCUUUGGGGCCACAUUUAGUGACAGAGAUGAAGGAUGGAGAAGUGAAGAGGCAGAAGAAGAAUGAAGAAUCAGCAUUUUAAAGCAAAGGCAAGGACGGAGGCAGGUCUUCAAGGCCACCCCAAGGGAGAGCAACUCGGGGCCAUCAAACAAUCACAGAACGGUUUGGGUUGGGAGAGACCCUUGGAGAUCACCCAGUCCCACUCACUGCCAUGGGCAGGGACGUCCUUCACCAGAUGAGGUUGCUCAAAGCCCUGUUCAACCCAGUCUUGAACACUUCCAGUAAUGGGGCAUCCACACCUUUGGGCAGCCCGGUUCAGUGUCACCAUCCUCAACAUGACAAGCUUCCAUUGCCCAGAAUGGUUGCAGCGUGGGGAGGAGGGCACUGAUGGGGCAUCGGGGCCAUUUCCCUCAUCUCAGAGCACAUGAGGAGCCCAGAGCUUUGCAAACUCAGGUGACGGCGGCUGAUUGUCUCUGUCUCUCUUCUGCAUGAAGACACUUGGGCUUUGACACACAGAUCUGGAUAAAGCACAAAAAAAUCCCCAAACCUGAGAGGCGCGGGACCUGGCGGGGUUGGUUUGGCAUGGGUGGGCACACACAGGGGUCCCAUGCCCCAGACACCCGUAGACGAUUUGCUGGGCAUGGGUCGUGUGCCCCCACAACCCCCUGCAGCCCCUACACCAUCCCCUAUGGGGACAAUACAAUGUGCAGAGAAAGGAAAGGGAGAAAAGAAGCGAACAAACCAACAGAGGGGGUAAAGGACGGCUCUCCCAUAAUUGUGUGAUUCAGAAAAGAAAAAUAAAUAUGGCGAUCCAUGCAGAAAAUUCUUAAUCAACCCAAAAGUCA